CCCAGAAAACAACCCAAUUUUGACGCAGCCUAACUCAAGUUAUGUGAGGCAAAUUUUGAAUUAAUAAUUUCAGGUUUGGAUUGCGAUUCAGGGUCAAGUGAGGAGAAGGGAUGGAGGAAGAAAGACGGAAUCGUAAGAGGAAGAGAGAGAAGCAUCGCCGGAAACCCGCCGCUGAUUUGUCUUCGCUCCCCACCGCAGAGAAGCAUAAACCGGUCGAUUCAUCUUUGAUUUCAGUCCCCCAGAGCAAAACAAUCUCUAAACCUAAGAAGACUUCAUCUUUUAUCGACAAGAUGAGGGCGAGAUUGUCAGGGGGACACUUCCGUAUGAUUAACGAGAAGCUCUACACUUGCUCUGGAGAUGCUGCACUGAACUAUUUCAAAGAAGACCCACAGUUGUUUAGUGUGUAUCAUGCAGGAUACCAAGAACAGAUGUCACAUUGGCCUGAACAGCCAGUUAAUAUAAUUAUAAAAUGGAUUAAGGAUCAAGAUCCUUCAUUAGUUGUGGCUGACUUUGGCUGCGGAGAUGCACAACUCUCAAGAAAUGUGAAGAAUAAAGUGUUCUCUAUUGACCUUGUAUCAAAUGAUCCUUCCGUAAUAGCAUGUGACAUGUCAAAUACACCCCUUGAUUCCUCCUCCGCGGAUGUUGCUGUCUUUUGCCUUUCACUGAUGGGAAUCAACUAUCCAAGCUAUCUUCAAGAAGCUCAUCGAGUUCUUAAGCCCAGCGGAUGGCUCUUAAUAGCUGAGGUCAAGAGCAGGCUUGAUCCAAAUACCGGGGGAGCAGACCCUGGGAAGUUUGUAAAAGCUGUAUGUGACCUCGGAUAUUCCUCUGUCAAUAAGGAUUUCUCCAAUAAGAUGUUUGCACUCUUCUACUUCAAGAAGAAAAAGGAUAAGCAAAAUGUGGGGGGCAGGGGAAUCGAUUGGCCUGAACUGAAACCUUGCAUGUACAAGCGCCGCUAAGUUAUGGGCAUCUCGAUAUGGGAAUGGGAGUAAUUCAGGUUUGUAUCGGCUGGUUUGAAUUCUUGAAUACGAAAACAACUUAGCCUUUGGGUGUCAAUCCACUGUCGAAAUAGGUGAAGGUUUAUGUAUUUAACGGUCCAUUUUCUUAUAAAGAAAAUUUCAUUUUUAAGAGGAUGAUAAUUAUGUGUUCAGUUGUAUGAUGAACUCCAACAAAUUGAUCACGGUAAU